AUGGGCAGACUUGAGACCACCCGCAGAACACCAGCGGCAGGCCACCACCCCAACAAUCGCUCCACUGCGAAUCUUGUUACCUAUCGCUUCCGGGGGAAGAUGGUAUACGUGACGGCUGCACCAUCAUAUGAGAAAGCCGUUGAGUUUGCCAAGGUCCUCUUCCGCGAAGAUCUGCGCGACGUCGACGACUCCUGCAUCUCGUUUUACGUGACCGUGAACGCGCCAACCGGCAUACAAAGCGUGCAGAUCUCCCCCAUGGCGUGGAAAGAAGUGACAACCACCCUCGUGCGCUACGAGAUCAUAGACGUGAUCGUCGAGCCACAGGUCGUCAUUCAUGAGGCGGAGACACCCCCGAACUACCUCGACGUCGUCAGCAAGGAGCGCAAACCCGAAGUCGCACGCGCAAGAUCUACUACACCUGACCCCGAGCGGUCGCGUACCGCCGCCGCCGCUGGCAGAAAAGAGAAGGCCCUCAGCUGGAUCGAGAAGCGUUUGAUGUAA